AAUGUUAAAAAUAACGUCGUAAAUAAGAAAUCAAAAUAUAUUCAUUUUAAAUGAUAAAAAAUAUUUUAUACAACUCUAAUAAAGCAUUUAUAAAAAUGAGAAUUUUUGUUUUGCUUGCUUAUAUGAAUUUUGCAACUGGAAAAUCCUAUUCCAUUUAUAAGAGAGAUUUUAAUGAAUGCAUAAUACCAGAAGAUAUAAAUUAUCCAGAGUGUAGAAAUAAAGUAUUGUGGAUGCAAGUAAACUGGAAAAUAAAUCCUUUAUAUGAAGUCAAUGGUGUUGAUGGGACACAAUGUUCAAUAUUGAAUUAUUUGAGUGAGGUUGAAAAAAUUUGUCCAUGCUCCAUACCUUACAAUGCAUCAAAAGCAUGUCAAGAUGCUGUUAAGUGGAUGAUUGAUGAAGGGCUGGAAAAGUACCCACUGUAUAAAAAUUAUGGAGUUGAUGGGUCUAAUUGUUCAGUUCUUUAUUAUCUAAGUCAGGUAGAAAACAAAUGCCCGAAAGAAAACUGUAAGAUUCCAAACAGCAACGUUUUUCCACAAUGCAAAAACAGGUUUUUGUGGAUGCAAGCAUAUUGGAAAACUAACCCAUUUUACAAGUUAAAAGGAGUUGAUGGUAGCAAAUGUUCAAUAUUGAACUAUCUUAGUAAAGUUGAAAGAGUUUGUCCAUGUUCUAUACCUAUCAAUGAUAACUACCCAGAAUGUCAAAAAAAGGUGGAUUGGAUGGUGCAAAAUGAAAAUUGGAGAAAUGUAGAUAAUUAUGUAAAAAAAGGAUAUAAUCACACCAUAUGUUCUAUUCUUACAUGGCUCAGCAAGGUUGAAAGGUUUUGCCCUUUACUCUAGCAAGCAAAUGGUUUAAAAGAAUAUUUAUGCGAUACAAUCUUGGAAACAUUAACAUCUUCAACGUUUUUUACCGAUUCCUUUUUGGAUUUAUGAAAAUAAAAAGUAUUUAUUUUUUAAAAUAAUAAUAUAUAUUUCUUUAUCUCAAAAAUGUAAAUAAUUUCACUCGUACAUUGUUUGUGUUAUUCACAUUACCAUA